GGACUUGAACCUUCGACCUUUGACCCUCUUUUGACGAUGAUGGAUAUGAAUAUUUGGUGUUUUAUGUUUUUUAUAUUUGGUGAAGUUUUGUACGCUGAAAUAAAACUGUCUUUGUCGUCAUUGUUGGGAAUAUUUUAAUAUCAAAGAUGAUCUGAUUUCUGUUUUUCUUCAUUUAAAGAUUUUGUCUGAAACAGUCUCUCCUGUCCUCUUCUCUUGAACCUCCACAGAAAAGUCUCGAGGUUGUCCAAAGGUUAUUAUACAGUAAUUUACAUUUUCAUACAAUCUAAGGUUUCGUAUUUUUAUUAAAGGCUGAACACUAAGGUCUUAUAAAAAUCUGUACAUGAGGACACAGAGGUGUUUGCAUGAUUAUCUUUUGAGUAUGAAAAACAAAAACACAUGUAGACCAACAAGAUCUUUGUUUUAGUGGAUUUUUAGCAGGAGAGUUGCAGAUUUAGUGUCACAGCACUUUUCUCUAUUCUUUCUUAUUCACUGUUCCUCUAAAAAAUACCUGAAAAAAACAUGAAUUAAAGGAGCAAUGUAAGAUUUUUAAAGUAUUUGGGGAAAAGAGUCGGUCACAUGAUACCAUACUUGUUUUUAACAAAGGAAACAUUAUUAUUAUUAUUAUUAUUAUCAUUAUUAUUAUUAUUAUUAUUAUUAUUAUUAUUAUUUGUUUUUAAUAUAAACAUUAAGAUUUAAUAACUGAUGCAUGUACGGGUUAAAAUUUUUGUGACAAUAAAGAAAAAACUAUUAAAUAAUUUUAUUUUAAAUAAAUAAUAAAUAUAUUUUCUUAAAUUCAUAUGGAAAUAAAAAAAUAAUCCUCUCUCUUUUUUAAAUUAUUUAGAUGUUUUUUUUAAAAGAAGCUCCUGAACUCCGUCUCUCUGACAUGUCGCUGUUCUCCUGUCAGUCAGCAGGAGGCGCCGCAGCUCUGGAGCCAUGUGCGACCAAAGAACAACUUGUUCCACCAACGAAGAAGACACGCUGACUUCCUUGUAUCAAAGAUCGUAUAUUUGUAAGGAGAUGUAUCACAGUGUAACAAACGGAAAACCCGUAUAA